CCAUGUUCGGUUGCUAUGCUGCGGGCUGAGGGCGGGAUAGGAGGUGUGACCGGUCACAGGCUGAAGGGGCGGGAACACAACACCCGACUCCUCCCAGCACCGAGGCCGGAGCCGACACAUAGACCCCGGGCCGGGGUCCCCGGACCCGUCUCCUUCCGCCGUCCAGUGAUUCCUCCGGAGCCUCGGGACCUGCCGUCAGAUCGCAUCUGUAGAUCGUUGUCUCCUGGGACACGCACACCCUUUCCCCCUUGACCCCUUAGAAAUCCAUCCUACAGACCCGCUCCUGUCUUCUCUAUAUCUAGCGCAUACAGUAUAUCCCGCUAGCCAAUAUAAAUCUAUCACACAAAUUCCCUCUCUUCGUCUCCAUAAAUCUUUUCACUGUCGUCUCCGGCAAUCCCCCACUUAACCCCAUCCUAUUUUCUCCUUUAUCAUCCUCCACUCCUGGUACCUCCCUGGCCACUAAUCCCCACCUAUAGGUCUUUCUUAUUGUCACCUAUAGAUCUCCACGAAAGAUCAAUUACAGUACCCAUAGAUUAAUAUAGCGCAUUUAUGCACACAAUCACCUAUAGAUCCGUAUAGUCUAUCACUGCACCUAUAGAUCUCUUUAGUACUCUCUGCAUGCUGUCGUCUAUAGAUCCCUAUAUCCAUUCACUGCACAGUCACCCAUACAUCAGCAUAUACCAUCGCUGUCACUUAGAGAUUCCUAUACCUGCACACACUCCUCCAUACCAUCACUGUCCCCUAUAUAAACCCCAUCAUUAAACACUGUCCCCUUUCAAUACAUUUAUCCUACCGUUAUAGACAGUCACUUUAGAAAACUGUGUCCCAUUGCUAUACAUUGUCACAUGCAAGAUCAGUUUCCCAUCGUUAUACACACAAAACUGCAGCUAAUUAUCACUGCAGUCAUCUAUAAUUUGUAUAAGCUCUUGCAUAUUUUCCUGUUGUCACAUAUAGCUCCCUGUACAGCUUAAUGCUUUGUUUGAUACAACUGCCACACACAGAUCUCUAUCAUUGCCAUUACGUGCCCUCUCUCUGCCACCUGGGUACUCUCUGCCUCCCUCUGCUUCUGUUCUCCUGCAGACUGUCUCCAAACCAUUCCCAACCUAUUCCCUGUUCAGUUCCCUACCCCAAAUACCCUCCUUGGUCAUAGCAUGAGGCUCUAUCUACCCGGACUGGCGCCUCCCCUGGCAUGCCAGUGGGACUGAGGGCUGGGAACAAGACACCUCAGCGGUACCAGCUGGAAGACCCAUUUCCUCACCACAAACUGCAAAAGUGGCUUUUAUAUGAAGACUUUGUGUGGUGGACAGUAAUGAGCGCACGUUUCCGAUUGCCUGCUGGCAGAACCUACAAUGUACGUGCGUCGGAGCAGGCCCGAGACAGACAGAGCACAGAGGUGGUGUGCAAUAUUCUCCUCCUGGAUAACUCUGUACAAGCUUUCCGUGUGAAUAAACACGAUCAUGGACAAGCUCUGCUAGAUUUAGUUUUUAAGUUUCUGGAUCUGACAGAGAGAGACUAUUUUGGACUACAGUUGGCUGACGAUUCCACUGAUAACCCCAGGUGGCUGGACCCCAAUAAACUAAUCAGGAAGCAGCUGAAAAGAGGCUCUCCGCACAGCUUGAACUUCAGAGUUAAGUUUUUUGUCUGUGACCCCAGCAAAUUACAAGAGGAAUACACAAGGUACCAUUAUUUUCUGCAGAUAAAACAGGACAUCCUCUCUGGGAGAUUGCCCUGCCCUUACAAUACUGCAACCCUUUUGGCUUCUUAUGCAGUUCAAUCUGAACUGGGAGACUACAGUCAUUCGGAGCACUUGCCCGGUUAUCUUUCUGACUACGUUUUUAUCCCUAACCAACCUCUGGACUUUGAGAAGGAAAUUGCUAAAUUGCAUCAGCAGCACAGGGGUCUGUCUCCAGCAGAGUCUGAGUUCAGCUAUCUCAGCACUGCUCGCACCUUAGACCUGUAUGGAGUGGAGCUACACUAUGCACGGGAUCAAAGUAACAAUGAAAUUCUGAUUGGAGUUAUGUCAGGAGGAAUUGUAAUUUAUAAAAACAGGGUACGCAUCAACACCUUUCCAUGGUUGAAGAUCGUAAAAAUUUCAUUCAAGUGCAAACAGUUUUUUAUUCAGCUAAGGAAAGAACUGAAUGAGUAUCGGGAGACUGUUCUGGGAUUUAACAUGGUGAAUUACCGAGCAUGUAAGAAUGUCUGGAAGACGUGUGUAGAACAUCAUACCUUUUUCCGACUGGACUCUCCACUGCCACCUCACAAGAACUUCUUUGCUCAUUAUUUUACUUUGGGCUCCAGGUUCCGGUACUGUGGGCGGACAGAGGUGCAGUCUGUGCAGUAUGGAAAGGAGAAGGCCAAUAAGGACAGGGUGUUUGCACGGUCCCCAAGUAAACCGUUAUCACGUAAAUUGGUCAGUGAUAUGGACUGGGAGGUGGUGAGCAGGAACUCCUUAUCUAAUGAAAGACUAGAGACACAGAGCCUGCCGUCCCGUUCCCCGCCUGGAACACCCAACCACCGGAACUCCACAUUCACUCAAGAGGGGACGCGACUGCGGCCCUCUUCAGUUGGGCAUCUGGUAGACCGCUCAAUACAUACUUCUCCAGGCGAAGUGUUCAUAAACCACAGAUCUCCGUCUUCUACCCAGGCGAACAGCAUUAUCUUGGACUCUCCUAACUCACAAGACAAUUCAGUUGAAGCUCCUCCGCCUGCGCUGCCACCAAAACAGUCUAAAAAGAACAGUGUGAGCCAGAUCUACAACUCCCAACAAGACCUUGAAAACCACAUCAAUGAAGGGUUCGAUCCUCUUUUGUCUCCAGAGAGGUCCACGCCCAACGGCCUUGUACCUCAUGACAAUCUUGUAUUGAUUAGGAUGAGGCCAGAUGAGAAUGGGCGGUUUGGCUUCAAUGUGAAGGGCGGCUAUGAUCAGAAAAUGCCGGUCAUAGUGUCUAGGGUGGCUCCUGGAACCUCGGCUGAUUUGUGUGUCCCCCGUCUUAAUGAAGGAGAUCAGGUUGUACUGAUCAAUGGACGGGACAUUUCAGAGCACACUCACGAUCAAGUUGUCAUGUUUAUAAAGGCAAGUUGUGAGAGACACUCGGGGGAGCUGGUUCUACUAGUGCGACCGAAUGCGGUGUAUGACAUAAUGGAAGAGCGGAUGGAGAAUGAGCCAGAUUUCCAGUAUAUCCCUGAAAAGACGUCCGUAGAUGGCAUUCAUUCAGACACUGAUGCACUGAAAGAAUCAAUGAUUCAGCUGGCAGAGGGUCUGCCUAAUGGAGCAAUCCUGGUACAGUUUGAUCAACUGUACAGAAAAAAGCCCGGAAUGACCAUGUCUUGUGCCAAAUUACCUCAAAAUAUUUCCAAAAAUCGAUACAGAGAUAUUUCGCCUUAUGAUGCUACACGGGUCAUUUUACAUGUUGGCGAUGAUUACAUCAAUGCAAAUUAUAUCAACAUGGAGAUCCCUUCUUCCAGCAUAAUCAACCGGUAUAUUGCCUGCCAGGGACCUCUGCCCAAUACAUGUCCAGACUUCUGGCAAAUGACCUGGGAGCAAGGCUCAUCAAUUGUAGCGAUGCUUACCACGCAAGUGGAGCGGGGCCGAGUAAAGUGCCACCAGUAUUGGCCUGAGCCCACAAAUAGCUCUGAAUUUGGGAAUUUCCAAAUAUCCUGCCAUUCAGAGGAUGGAAAUCCUGCUUAUGUAUUUCGAGAGAUGACGCUAACUAACUUGGACAAAAAUGAAAGUCGACCUCUUAUCCAGAUCCAGUACACAGCAUGGCCAGACCACGGGGUCCCCGAUGAUUCCAGCGACUUUCUGGAUUUUGUGUGCCUUGUGCGACAAAAGAGGUUUAACAAUGAUGCGCCAGUGAUUGUUCACUGCAGUGCUGGGAUUGGUCGGACUGGCGUGCUCAUCACAAUGGAGACGGCAAUGUGUCUGAUAGAGUGUAACCAGCCUGUAUAUCCACUAGACAUUGUUAGGACGAUGAGAGACCAGAGAGCCAUGAUGAUUCAAACUCCGAGUCAGUACAGAUUUGUGUGUGAAGCAAUUUUAAAGGUAUAUGAAGAAGGGAUUGUGAAACCUUUACAAACAUCUCUUCAUUAACGGAGGGUACCAAUGAAUGCAAGAGCCAGCUGGGAUAGAACAAUCCCCGGCCAAAUGCCUGCUCCUCCCUAGAUCCAGGAUUUGGGGAUUGAGGCUGAGGCGGUACAGAAGGACUUCGUAAAAAAAAUUCAGCACUGUUGCACUUUAUGUUGAAACAAACAGAAAGUUUCUGAAACUCGACAUUUCUCAUCAGAAGACUUUUUUUUUUCUUUUUUUUUUAAGAAAGACAGUUUAACAACCGCUUUGCUUGAAAUGGUUUGACUUUAUUUAUGUAAUUGCUUUGGAUCCACAACACCCCUAUAUGUUCACUGCCAGAGAGUUAUAACAUAUACAUUUCAAAACCGGAUACCACAGGCCUCUUCGGGAAUAUGUAGAUCAUACAACGUAUCCUAUACAGUGACCUACUGCCAGCAAGCCAGGCCGGAAAUUGCCGAUGUGCACGAGUUGCCUCUGUUCCCCUCUGAUACAUAGUAUUGCAGAGUGAAUGAAUAUAACAGAAACAAUCACCAGAUAUGCUGGGAAAAAUUCAUCUUAUACAUAUUUAUAUGCUGUUUAUCCUUCAUCAGGUUUGAGGAACUUGGGCAUAUUCAGUAACUUAGUGCAACCAUACGCUGUUACCCGUGACAACCAGAGACCAGCGCAUAUUCACAAGUGACGUGGAUUAGUCAAAGGGAAAGCAGCAUACUCUGUACUUUUUUGCACCUUGUCAAUCAGUCUUACACAUAUUUUUAUUAUAUGGUGUCAAAAUCUGGAUAACUGUAGAAUAUUUAUUAAUUGUGUUCUCCAAUCAGUGCUUAAGGGGUGGGACAGAAGUCACCAUGUUUUUUCCUUGUUUAUCAAUGAGUUAAUUGGAUGUCAUUAUUUUCAUGACUUCACCUAUGUUUUAGGUUAAGGACUUAAAGGGAAUCUCCUACCUAAAAGCAGAAUAGAGGCAUAUGUAUCAUCAGAGGCAUGAGGUGUAUUGUGCCUCAUACCUUUUGUUAUUCAAGUUCCUAGUGAAAUAAUUGGCUAGAUAUUGAGGCUUCCACUGUAUGUAGGUAACUAGUACAGUAUAAGGGAUUUCCCCCAAAAUAGUUUGUUUCUGGAGUCCUAACAGUCGCUUAGUUUAGAACCAAGUAAGUGGAUACAUUGUGAUUUAUAGUUCAGACGGUGGUGUCACAAGAGAUGUAAUCUCAUUGCCACCAGUCACUUUCAAUGUACAAUAUGUACUGCCAUCUCUUGUUUAAAAUUAUGCUGACACCCAUCCAAAGAACCUGCUGACGUACCUGGCAUCACUCCUUACAGGGCAGAGAAGUCUGGAGCAUGCUUUAAUGCCUAAGGAAACAAACACUGGUAGAUUUUUAAAAACUGGUGCAAGUCCUACUGUAUAUCCUAUAGCAUUAAAUCACAUUGCAGUGCUUAUUUCUCUAGCAUGCUUUGGGUUACAGCACCUUUUGUUACACAGUUAUUAACAAAUCAGUAAUAAAUAACAUCAUUGAAUUCUUUAGUAUCGAAAGGAAAAUUUUCAAAACUUUAAUAAUGUUAAAAUCAAAACUGAACAGGUACGCAGACUCUAGGUCAUUGUCAUUUCUCUGAGGAGGUGUCAGGACUGUGCAAAUGUUUCUACGCCUGUACUUUUCAAGUCUUGUUUCAUCUGCGUCAGACAUGGUUGUCACUGGCUUUCGAUGUCCGAAUGUUUGGCAUGUCGGUGUUCUGGAACCUCUAGCUCCCAGCUUCUGUUUACCCUGUAUUAGCUUUGUUUCCUUUGCAGCCUGGCAGAGUUGCCAGUUGGUGCGUGUCUUUGAAAAUCCCAGAUCUGUAUUUCAGCAUUCAUCUAAAAUAACCUAUGUACUUGUGAUCUUAAGGAGGGCCCAUUACCUACACACAACAAGGAUGUCAUUUUGUGACCUGAGCCAAAAUCCAGAAGAAUUUAGGGGGUCAUUCAGACCUGAUCGCUCGCUAGCAGUUUUUUGCAGCACUGCGAUCAGAUAGUCGCCGCCUACAGGGGAGUGUAUUUUAGCUGUGCAAGUGUGCAAACGCUUGUGCAGCCAAGUGGUACAAAAAGAUCUUUUGCAGUUUCUGAGUAGCCCAGGACUUACUCAGCCGCUGCGAUCACUUCAGCCUGUCCGGGACCGAAAUUGACGUCAGACACCCACCCUGCAACCACUUGGACACGCCUGCGUUUUUCCAACCUCUCCCUGAAAACGGUCAGUUGUCACCCACAAACACCUUCUUCUUGUCAAUCUCCUUGCGAUAGGCUGUGCGAAUGGAUUCUUCAUAAAACCCAUUGCACAGCAACGAUCCGCUUUGUACCCGUGCGACGCGCCUGCGCAUUGCAGUGCAUGCGCAGUUCUGACCAGAUAGCAGAGCAGCGAAAAACCUACCAUGCGAUCAGGUCUGAAUGUGAAAACGCAGAUCGGUUGUUUAACGGCCCUUUGCGCUUGCGCAGCAUCGCUUGCUGCAGUUUCUCGCAGCGAUCGGGUCGGAACUGCGCCGGUGCCGCAGUGCGCUGGCGCAUGCCAGCCGUCGUUGCCUAGCGAUCGCCUCUGAGGCAGAGGUGGUUGCUGAGCGGGAGGGGGCUGGACGGCGGAAUUAAGCCGCCAUUUAGGGGACGCGGUCCGGCCAACGCAGACGUGACCGGACCGCUGGGGGGGGCGGGCUGCGGCGGCUGCGUGACAUCACACGCAGCCGCUGUGGGCCGGAGAGCGACGAGUAGCUCCCGGCCAGCACGCUAAAGCUGCGCUGGACGGGAGCUACUCUUGAAGUGCAUAGGCAUCGCAGCUGUGCGACGCCUUUGCACUUCUGCAGGGAGGGGGCCAGCACUGACAUGCGGGGCGGACUAGCCCUGUGCUGGGCGUCCCUACCGCAUGUCAGUGUGAAUUAUCGUAGCUGUGCUAAAUUUAGCACAGCUACGAUCAACUCGGAAUGACCCCCUUAGUCCAUGUGUUUACUUGGAACAUGUGCCUCAGUGGUGUCACCAGUUCCAGGUGAAUUGAUAGUCUGAAUAUUGGUUCACCUCACAGGAGUACCGCCACCACAGUGUGCAGAAAAUGGGUAGACUUUAUUAUGGAUCACACAUCAGGCAAGUGUGGUGAUGUAACUUGUGCCAGUCCUUUUAUAAACCACUCAAUGUUUACCAGCGAGCCCUUUGCCAGUCCUGGUGAGAACCAUGACUCUGCUGGUAAUAGGGGUCAAUGUUACUACCAAUCUGCAGCUUCCAAAUCACACCACAUCUUCCAAAUUCACUUGCUUCUGAUCUGAGAGGUCACGGACAUUGAGACCCUCAUUCUGGUGUUUGCAUUAAUGUUCCUGCUGUUUGUGUAUUUAGAUUCUAGCGAGCUGCUCCCGUCCGUGCACACUGCCUUCUAUCUCCCUGGUCACAGAUUGUCCAGGAAUCCCAAUCAGUCUCUGCUUGAAAAGACAAAAUGUGAAUUUUUAUGAAAUAAAAAAGGAUGUGUUUUAUAUGUACAGCCUUCUAAACCAUUGACAUGUGGAUAUACUUCUGAUUAAAAAAUAUUAAAGUGUG